AUGGCGCCCUCCGCCAAAGUGCUCGAGAAGGAGCUCACCGACGCUGUUCGCGACAUCAUCAGCGACAAUCCAUCCGGGGAUGGGUUGACCGUCAACAUUGUCCGCCAACGCGUCGAGAAGAAGUACGACCUUGAGCAGGGCUUUUUCACGGCUCCAGAAUGGAAGUCGCGUAGCAAGACAAUUAUCAAGGAACUGGCCGACAAGCUCCUGGGCAAUGAUUCUGAACCUUCUGCGCCCGUACCUGUAACCAAAGUCGAGGAAGAAUCCAAGAGCGGAGUCAAACGUCAAUCCAGCGAAGAACCGUCCCCUGCACCGAAGCGACAGAAGAAGGCAACCAACGCCGCCGCCGCCAAGAAAGCCAAGUCCAAGAAGGAGGAGUCCGAGUCUGCCCUGAGCGACCUCAGCGAAUUUGACGAGCCGCCGAAGAAGAGAAAGAAGAACAACACCAGAAAGAAUGCUCCCAAGAAGGAAGACUCAGAAUCCGAGCUUAGUGACCUGGAUGUGUCUGAAGACGAACCCAAGAAGUCCAAGCAGAAGACGGCCAAACCCAAGAAGGCAGCGCCGCGACGCAUGUCCAAGAAAGAAGAGACCGAAUCCGAGCUGAGCGACCUCGAAGAUUUCGAGGACGAGCCCAAGAAGAAGAAGAACAUCGUCAAGAAGCCCGCACCUCGACGCAAGUCCGAGAAAGAAGAGACCGAAUCCGAGCUGAGCGACCUCGAUGAUAUCAAGGAAGAGCCCAAGAAGAAGAACACCGCCAAGAAGCCCGCACCUCGUCGCAAAUCCAAGAAGGCAGACUCUGAUGACGAGAAAGAGGAAAGCGACGUCCAAGAUUCUCCGUCAGGUCAGAAGCGCAAGCGGGCUGGCCCUGCGAAAAAGCGCGAUACAAAACGCACCAAAGUCGAGUCCGAUGAUGAGGACAAUUCAGGUGAAGAGACGAAGGUGGUAUCCAUCGAGCAUGACGAGGACGACGAGCACAAAGCAGAGGUGGACGACGAAUCCAGCUCAGAGUCCAAGCCCAGGGGAUCAAAGGCAGCCAAGCACGAGGAGUUUGACAAAGACACCAGCGAGAUCAAGCCCGAAGACGAGGAGAAGAAGCCCAAGAAAGCAUACGACUCGGGCUCGGAACUGUCAUCAGUUCUGGAUGAGCCGCCCCCCAAGAAGCGCAAGUCCAAGUCCAAGGAAUCAAAGGCGAAUGGAUCCUCCAAGCCCAAGGCGUCUGCCGCAAAAGAGCUUUCGGGAGAUGAGGCCGAGAUAAAGAAGCUCCAGGGUUAUCUGCUCAAGUGCGGAGUGCGAAAGAUCUGGGCGUUCGAGCUCAAGCAGUACGGCUCGGACACUCGCGCCAAGAUUAGGCAUCUCAAGGGCAUGCUAAGCGCCGUGGGCAUGGACGGUCGUUUCUCGGAAGCCAAGGCAAGGGAGAUCAAGGAGAAGAGAGAACUCUUGGGCGAACUGGAGGCUGUCACCGAGAUGGACGGCCUUUGGGGACGCGAAGGCCACAGUGGUCGAGCGUCUCGCAGUCAAGCGUCGAAGAAGACAAUGAAGGAAGAAUCUGAUGAGGACGACGAGGAUAACGAUGCGAAGGACGAAGAGGAUGAGAAGCCUGAUGUCAAGGCCAACCCGCGACUGUCGAAGCGGAUGGCAGACUUAGCGUUUCUCGGGGAUGACAGCGAGUCUGACUGA